AAGUAUCCUCGAGUUAUUUGAAGAAGGUGUAGCCUACAAUCCAGAUAAACCGGAUCUAUCAGGGGUAUCUAAUUCACUUGCCACGUCUUGUGUGCGCUUGAAGGGUGGAGAUGGAGUCACAGAAGGGGUGGACGGGGCCGAUGCGUGUGCUGGUGACGGGUGGGACGGGCCUGGUCGGCCGGGCAAUUGAGCACGUGGUGAGGGAGGAGGGCAGCAGCCGCGAGGGGGAGCAGUGGACCUUCCUGUCCUCGAAGGACGCGGACCUCACGAACGUGGCAGAGACGUGGGCGGUCUUCGAGAAGCACCGCCCCACCCAUGUCAUCCACCUGGCAGCCAUGGUGGGCGGGCUAUUCAGGAACAUGAGAGAGAACCUGGACUUCUGGAGGAACAACAUCCACAUCAAUGACAACGUGUUGCAGACGGCUCACGAAACGGGCGUGGUCAAGGUGGUGUCCUGCCUGUCCACCUGCAUCUUCCCCGACAAGACCACCUACCCCAUCAACGAGACGAUGAUCCACAAUGGGCCUCCACACAGUUCCAACUUCGGAUACUCCUAUGCCAAGAGGAUGAUAGACGUUCAAAACAGGGCUUAUUUUCAGCAACACGGCCGGCGCUUUACGGCUGUCAUUCCCACCAAUGUGUUCGGUCCCCAUGACAACUUCAACAUCGAAGACGGACAUGUGCUUCCCGGGCUCAUACACAAGGCCUACGUUGCACAGAAGGAGGGCUCUCCUCUGCAGGUGUGGGGCUCUGGAACCCCCAGGAGACAGUUCAUCUACUCCCUGGAUCUGGCCCGGCUGUUUCUCUGGGUGCUGAGGGAAUAUGAUGAGAUUGAUCCCAUCAUCCUCUCUGUGGGGGAGGAGGAUGAGGUCUCCAUUAAGGAAGCAGCAGAGUGUAUCGUGGAUGCUCUGGGCUUCAAAGGUCAGGUAGUUUUUGACACCAGCAAAGCAGACGGUCAGUUCAAGAAGACGGCCAGCAAUGCCAAGCUGCGGCGGUACCUCCCCGAAUUCACCUUCACACCCUUCUCUCAAGCUGUGAAAGAGACUUGUGAUUGGUUUGCGGCCAACUAUGACACUGCCCGUAAGUGAGGAUCCUGUCGUCUGAUUGGACGUGCCUGUCUGUCCGUCAGGGUUGGCUGGAUGAGGAACACAGACGGGGGUGGGAUGGGCAGGACCAAGAUGUCAGAUGGAUUAAUGAGAGAAAAUAAAUAUGAAGAAUAGACUCAAUGGAAACAAUAGUCUGACUGAAAGAAAAAAGACCUUGACUACUGUACUUUGUGCGAUUACCCUCUGAGCUCUGAAAGCCAUUUUGGCUCUAGUGUCAUCCUAGGUCUCCAUGUUGGCUCUGGUGUCUUUCACCCAUAACCUUAGACAAUCUCACUGGGCAGAAGCCUGCAUAAGAAUGUAACACUGCAGGGAUACUGGGUUUAAUAUAUUGGGUUUUUUUAUUUGUGUUUUUAAUUUAAAGAUGGUGAACAAUG